AUGUUCGCCUCAACUUCGCUACUCGCGUGUGUCCUGAUCGGAUUCUAUAUUUGGAUAAGGCAGCGCCUAUCCUACUUUGAGCGUCGUGGCAUUGCGCAUGAAGCUCCCCUACCGCUGGUGGGAAAUCUGUGGGGCUGGCGGGUAACCAGACACACCUCGGAAAUAGUACAGAAUCUCUAUGUGAGGUACAAGCACUUGGGCCCACUCGUUGGAUUUUAUUUUCUUAUGACGCCCGCCUAUAUUAUUUCGGAUAUGGAGCUGCUGAAGCGGGUCUUCAUCAAGGAUUUUGCUAACUUUGACAGUCGAGGGCUGUUUUACAAUGAGCGGGACGAUCCCUUGUCCGCGCAUCUCUUUGCCAUUGAUGGUCCCAAGUGGCACAGCCUGAGGCCCCGCAUGUCGCCCAUAUUCAGCAGUGCCAAGAUGAAGCUUAUGUUUCCAGCGGUGCUGCGAACAGCUCGGGAGCUGUCGCAUGUGCUGCACGAGCGUUGCGCGGGAAAGACUGCUUUCUUGGAGGUCACCAAGCUGCUCGCCUGCUACACGGCGGACACCAUUGGCUCCGCCAUUUUCGGGCUGGAGUGCAAUAGUCUGCGCAAUCCAAAAGCGCCCUUUGUGCAGAUGGGCCUGAAUGCGAUGCUCAAGAAGCGCAUCGAUUACAUAUUCUGCCUGCUCUUCCCUGAGCUGAGCCUCAGACUGCACAUCAAGCGAACUCCCGCCGACGUGGAGGCCUUCUACAUGGGCCUGGUCAAAGACACCAUCAGCUACAGGGAGCAGCACAAGAUAAAGCGCAACGACUUCGUUGAUAUCAUGCUGGAAAUGAAACAGAAAUACGAUUCGGGCAACACAGCCGAGGGUCUGACUGUCAAUGAGAUCGCCGCCCAGAUGUACGUAUUUCUGGUGGCGGGCUUUGAGACAACAUCCACAGCUCUAACCCUGGCCUUGUACGAGCUGGCACGUCACGAACAUAUCCAAAGCCAGCUGCGGGAGGAGAUCGAGGAGGUCAUCGCGAACUAUGGGGAGAACGGAGAGCUAAACUACGAGGCCAUGCAGAAAAUGAAGUAUCUGGAGCAGGUCAUAUCGGAAACCCUGCGGAUGUAUCCCGUGGCCACAGAGCACAUGCGUCGUGCCAAUGGACACUUCGAGGUGCCAGGUCAUCCGAAGCAUUAUAUACCAGCUGGAUCGCAUCUGAUCAUACCUGUCUAUUCCAUACACCAUGAUCCGGAAUAUUAUCCGGAGCCGGAGAAGUUUCUGCCUGAACGUUUCACAGAGGAGGCUAUACAGAAACGGCCCAGCUGCGCCUUUCUACCCUUCGGUCUGGGUCCCCGCAUCUGCAUUGGCAUGCGUUUUGGCCGUAUCAAGCUGGCCGUGGGUCUAAUUGCAUUAAUACGUAAUUUUCGCUUUGUCUUUGCGCCCACCACCCCACAGACCAUGCAAUUCGAGAAGCAUUCGUUUCUACUACACACAAAAGGUUUCCAGCUGCAGGUGGAGCCGCUCGGCUAG